UAGGGGCGGCGCUGGAGCGGCCGCCAUGGCGGCGGCCCUGAGGCUUGUGGCCUUCCUCUUUCUCCUCCUGCCGCCGCUCCGGCCAGCAGAGCCGAGCGCUGAGGCCGACCCUGACGCCAGCGCGGCGGGUCCCGCGGCGCCACCGGAGACCCGCGCUUCCGCCCCGGCGCGGAGCCGCAGCGGGCCGGCCCCGGUCACGGACGUUGCCAAGCUGUGUGUUUGUGAUCUGUUGGUGGCACAGUGUGAUGUAAAUUGCUGCUGUGACCCUGAUUGCAGUGCAGCCGAUUUCAGUCUCUUCACUACAUGUUCAGUUCCUAUUGUCACAGGUGACGACCGUCUUUGUAGUCAGAAAGCUGCUGUGUAUUCACUUGAUGUUGAAGCAAAUCCACCAGAAAGGAUAUUUAAAUUAAUUGACCAAGUCAAUCCCAGUAUUUUCUGCAUUCAUGCUACAAACUAUAAACAAGCACUCUCCUUCAGUUCCCCUGAAAUGCCUACUUCUGAAAAUUUUGAUCGAUUGCUUCAAGAGUUUGGAAGUACUACUUUCAGUGCUGAGCCUGACAGCUGGGAUAUGGAUGCAGAUGCUCAAAAUCCUCCUGAUGCAAAUGAAACAUAUAGAUACGAGUAUGGUGUUCCUAUACAGACAGUGGAUGCUUUUCUAAGGCUGCCUAGUCCUGUUGUCUCCUCUUGGUGCUCUGAUGUGAAUCCUGCAGGUUGGAAAAUGCAUUUGAAUUCCAGUUUAUUUGCUUUAGAGUGUUCUGUUCUGACUUGAACUUGACCAGUCAGUAAAUUGGCACACACAAAAUGUAAAUACAGAUAACGAGUCAUGAACAAAUAUUUUUCAAAUAGCUUCUAUUUCUCUCCGGUUUUCUUUAGACAUUGAUUGGAAGUUGCGUUGCAUCUAUAUUAAACAUUCAAAGUUAGAUAUGUAAAUCCUUGAGAGUCUUGUUAAUGGGUUGUUUAUCCAACACCAAAACAUCCUAUUUGGCAUAAUUGGUUUAAUAAAAUAGUACAAGGGUGACACCAUGAGGGAAGAGGGUAUUACACAAAGCAAGACCUAACUGGGCAACUUUUGUAAGAUGUCCCUCUGGUGUAAUGAGGUUCCUUUCACAGCCUGAAUGCAACUCAAGUCAGACUUGCAGGCUUGAGCUCUACAUUUUAACCUUUCACACAGUUUCCUGAAAAUCUGCAGAGGGGGAGGAGGGGAAGAAAAAAAGAAAAAAGAAGAAGCCACAACCACAGCCAAACCCACACACCUGCAUUUUCCAAACCCCAGUGUUAGUAUUAAAUAGGGCAUCAUAACAAUCAUGAUGAUGAUCAUAGGAGAACUGAAGUUUCUUGUGAAAGAAAAAAAUAAUCUUAUGAGAU